AUGCCCAUCCGCAUCCCAGCAGCGCGACUCCAGGCGGCCUGCAGCAGACCACUCCCGGCCACCCUCAGCCGAGCCCUCCUCGGCACCGUACCCCCACGGACGGCAACCAGGACCAGGAUACGCGAACAGGUUCAGCCCUCGGUCCAAUCGCUCCUUCUCCGCAACAAGAUGAGCAGCAAGGCCGGUUUCAGCCCAGCCACCAGCACCACGGCGGCAAUCAGCGGCAGCAGCACCAGCAGCCCCGCACCGGCGUCGAGCACGCCACCGCGCCCCGGCAGCUCACCAUCAGCAGCCGCGGCCUCGGCCUCGGUGGCGACGGCAGCGGCGGCGGGAGCAUCGACAGCAGCAGCAGCAACAGCAGCAGACGCAGGCGCAAACUCAGGGGGUGCCGCACCCGCCCCUCCAUCCCAGCACAGCCAGGAGCCAGAGACCGAGCAGCAGCAGCAGCCCCAACCCACCGUUACCAACACCACCACCCGCAACAAUGGCGCCAUCACCACCACCACGGACACCUCCGCGGCGCCCACCGCCCCAACCCUCCCGGCCCUCCCUGAACCAGAACAGGGAACGACGACCACCACAAUCCACGUCAACGGCCAAGCGGUCGCGCUCGAUUCCCUCGGCCCCAUGGUGGUGAACCGCGACGGGACGGUGUCGCGGAUCGGCAACUGGCACGAGAUGAGCGGGAUCGAGCGGCAGAACACGCUGCGGAUCCUGGGGCGGCGCAACCAGCUGCGGCUGGGGAAUCUGCGGGCGGGGAGGCCGGCUGAUGGGGAGUCUGGGGAGGGGGAUAAGGGGAGGAGGUGA